AUGGAGCCACCUGCCAGCAGCUGUAUGAGAAACUCUCACUCUAGUGGCGCCAUGCUCUGGGAAUGCCUGCGGAGCCACCACCCAGAGGCCGGGGCAGCCGCUGGGCCCCACCACUACCCUCAAGCCCCCUUUUCGUUCCAUCCAAAACCGGACUUUGGGGCUUAUGCGGACUUUUCCACCUCGUGUCUGGCUGCGGCCCCCCAGAGCCUUCCCCGGGACGAGCGAGCUUUUGGGGAGCAUCACCCCUCUUUCCAGCACCCCACCUGGCAUUUCACCGCAUCUGAGGGAAGGCGGCGGCUCCCUGCCGAAUUGGCACUGGGGUCGGGAGAACCAGAGAAUGGCAGCCCACGCUUGGUGGAUUCCGCCGUGGGUAACAGCGAAGAUUAUGGCCUGGUGAGGAAUACGACGAGGGAAGUGGAGAAAAAAUCGUGCCGGAGAAAAAAGAGCAACACGGAAAGCCAGAACUCAGGCAGCCGGGGGAGCGCCACCAAAGCAGAGGCCAACAGCUCCAAAGCACGGAAGGAGCGCACCGCUUUCACCAAGGAACAGCUGCGGGAGCUGGAGGCGGAAUUCGCGCACCACAACUAUCUGACGCGGCUCCGGAGAUACGAGAUCGCGGUGAACUUGGACUUGACUGAAAGACAGGUCAAAGUGUGGUUUCAGAACCGCCGGAUGAAAUGGAAGCGUGUGAAGGGCGGGCAGCCAGUCUCGCCCCAGGACCCCAACGUGGAGGACGUGGACUCUGCCGCCUCCCCGAGCUCAGAAUAG